AUGCCCGAUAGACAAGACCGCGAAUCCUCCAUGUUGACAGAUACGACCGCCGAGGAGAGUCGUCGCCGUCUCGUACUCAAGCUACCUCUUUCGUCGACCAGGGAGAAUCACCACGAGCGUGCUCCUGAACCAUCCCCUCUCUUCGAACCUGCGAGAACACCAUAUGACAGAUCUCGUUACAGUCCUUUUCGCCCGGAACAGCGCUACAGCGACGACCCAAGGGACGCUGCCGUAUUCACCUACGGCACCAACGACGCCGAAUCCUCCAACGAAUACUCGUCCUCCAACUCAGACGACUUCAACGCCCACGACCUCACCAUCUCCCCCUCCCACACUCUCCCCGACAUGACCACCACCACCACCUACUACACCACCCCCAACACCCCACCCACGUCCCUCAUCGAGCCCGUCCUCGCGCACGCCCGCGCCCUCAAAGCACACCUAUCCACCAACACCCCCCUGCAACACCUCUCCGCACACCCCUCCCCGCCGUCCUCCCGCCGCAAAGUCGAAGACGACCCGGAAAACAUCAUCAUAAAGGACCUGCGGCAGAACCAUCACAUGUCGUGGGGCGGCAUCGCGAACUACCUCAACGCGCGGCGGCUGGAGCGCGGCGAGCCGCAGAGCAUGACGCAGCCGGCCGUGUACUCGCGGUUCGUGCGGAACGCGCCGAAGAUUGCGAUGGCGGGUGGGGAGGGGGGGUUUGAUGUCAAGGAUUACAUGCACUUGAGGCAUGCGAGUGAGUAUCCUGUGCGUGCUGGCGGCGGGCGGAAGAGGAAGAGGAAGGCUGGGGAGGGGGAGGAGGGGGAUGGUGGGGAGGAUGGGGAUGUGGAUGGAGAGGGGGGUGAGAAGUGGCAGGGGCAUGGGUUCAGGGCGGUGCGUGUCAUGAGCAAGCUUGAUGCUGAUAGUAGGGAGUUGGAGACGGCGGUCGGGACGGGGCAUCUUGUGGAUGCGGUUGCGGUUGUGCAGAGGGGGUUCUGGGGGUAUGUCGCGGAUGAGUUGGAGAGGUCGACGGGGAAGUUUUACGAUCCUAAGGCUAUUGAGUCGAGGUGGAAGGAGAUCUGA